AUGUCCGACGAAGUCUCCCAAUUUCUCGAGCAGGUCGAGCGCCUGCGCGGUCAGCAGAUCGAAGAAGACGAAGUGAGAGCUCGUGAGCUCGAAGACUACUUGGCUGCAAAGCGAGAAAGGCAAGCUCGUCGAGAAGAACGUGCCCGAUCCAUCUCACCACAAAAGUCAUCUCCUGCAAACACUCCCUCGCCACGGUCGAGUCGACGCAGCAUACACCUCACAGAGGCAUUGAAGCUCGACUCUCCCAGGCACCAGAGAGACGAGAGUGCGUCACGAUCAGCAGAAUCUGAGGCGAAAGCCGACACUUCUAUGGAUCUGAGCUCUUCACCGACCAAGGAGAACGAAGCUCCCUCUGACGUCGACACCAAAUCUGCGACCACACCCACCCGUUACUCUACAUUGUCGUGGCAGCGAAGGCCUAACUCUCGCGGCGGCUCUACCCGCCCGUUAAGCAUGCUCGCAACCCAAAAUGCGACCCAACGGUCGUUUAUCGGGUCGCAUGAUUCUACACCAGCUCCAGCGUCAGCCACCGAAGAAACCUUUUCGAAGGAUCAGAUUGCACAGUCUCUAGGAUCCAAGGACCCUUCGUGGUUCCGCCAAACGGCGGACCGAGGGGCAAGCUCGGCUGCUUACCGAAAGAACCAGGUUGAGGAUACAGACCGCCUAGAUAUGGCUUCUGUCAAGGCGCAAUUGCCGGGCAUGACAGACGAGCAACAAAAGCCAAGCCCGCCUGUUGAGAAGCCCGUUGAGAAGCUUAUUGAAAAGCCUAUUGACACUCCUGCUGAGAAGCCUACCGAAGAGCCUGCUACGCCUACCAAAAUGAAGCUGGUAAAUCCUCCAUCUCUUAACCCUCCUGCUUUCGAUGCUGGGGAAGACAAGUCUCUUUCAAACACCUCUCCAGGCCGCCUGUCUCCCACUCGGUCCAAUUCGCGAUCCAAUUCGCCAACCAAGGGUAUGGGUGGCUUUGUCCAGAGCGCCAUGAUGAAGAGAUCAGACAGUGUCAAGCGAUGGAGUGUUACCAGCCCUCCUACCCUCAACCGUGCCAAUUCGAUUCAAUCGAGCCAAGGUCCUGGUCUGUCUUUGAAUACCCGCCCACAGAGCAGAUCUGGACCCGGUGCGACGACGCCAGGCUCGAGCCGACCAACAUCACGACAUGGAGAGUCUGAGACCGAGGUCACACCAAAGGCUUCUGCUCCUGCCCCUACUGUCGACACCACUUUGGGUGACUCUGCCCUACCUCUCAGUCCAACCAAGACGAUGGAUCCCCGAAGGUGGAGUCCAACAAAGUCAAGCUGGCUUGAGAGCGCCUUGAACAAACCUCCCGAGUCUCCAAACAAGGCCCACCACAAGUCUAGCUCCUCGCAGCCAGCAUGGAUGGCUGAGCUGAACAAGAACAAGUCGGGUGCUCCGGAGGGAACUCGACCUCGCCCAGGUUCUAUUUCUCACAAGCACCAAGUUAGCAUCGGAGGACUUAUGAGGUCUACUCCUAUGGGAACAGCGACCAAGACCAACACCACGGGCCUUGGCGGUAUAUACUCUCCCCCUCCUGGUGGCAACCGACCUCUUAGCAUGCAUGGCAACAGCUUGGGCUUUCCUAAGGGCGCACCCAAGCUCGAACCUGAGACUCCCACCGAGGCAAAGAUCACCCAGCCCGACUCUGAACCUGUCCCUGAUCCAGAACUUACUGAGCAGGAGAAAAAGGCACCGGAACCCGCCAAGGAGGAGACGAUAAGCCCGAAGGAAACAAACCCUGCCUCAACUUUGCCCACGACCAAGUCGGAAGUACCUUCUAAAAUCGAUUUCCGCAAGUCUUUGAGACCCAGGCCAACUGGCACAGAUACGCCCAAGAGCCAAGAGCCUGAGUUCAAGAACGUUUUUGGCACUCUUCGUAGAACCAAGACGCAAAACUACGUGGCUCCUGACAUGUUGAAGGAUAACAUCCUCCGAGGCAAGGCUUCCCUGAACCAAACUGGAGGCCCGCAAAAGACAGAGAGAGUAGACGAAUUCAAGGAAGCUAUUCUAAAGAAAAAGGACGACUUUAAGAAGGUCCAAUCCGAAGGCAAAGGCAUCUCACGGAGCAACACCCCCACGAACGAUUCCCCAAUCCCAGAAGGACUCGCUAGGAGAGCCGAAAUGGCCAGGAGAAAGUCCGUGGCUGACGUCAAGUCAACGCCUGCAUCGAGUAAGCCAGAUUCGCCCAAGCCGACACCAGGUCCCAAAAGGAUGCACAGCCAGACCUUUUCCACGCCCAAGUCUGCUCCCAAACCAGCCCCAGAACCCGCUGACGAGGGUCUAAAGCGAGUAGUUACCGAUUCUAAUGCGAACCCGGAGGCGCCACGGGGCUUACCAGGCCUACACAAGGAAACGAGCUCACCCGCUAGACUGCAAGGAGGUAUAGGAGGUAAGCUUGCUGGGCGGUUCAACCCGGCCCUUGCUGGUAUGCUCGCACGGGGACCGCCUCCCAUGGCUACCAACGGGGGUAAGGGCCCUGAGGAAUCCGAUUCCAAGGGGUCUGCCAGCGCAACGGUUACGGAACCCUCCACUCCUGGGCCACAACUGACACAUAUGACUAAGGGUCGAGCUCGAGGUCCUAGGAGAAAGGCGCCGUCCAAAGCUGCCCCAUCAGCUGCUUCCGGAGCUUCAACUGAACAAAAGCCUGCACAGGAAAAGCCCAAUGUUACUACACCAAAACCUAUCAAACCUACCAAGGAGACACCAAUGAAACAAGCCGUCCCGGAGAAAGUCGAGUCUGCCUCUGCUCCUCUUUCUAUUCAACAACAGGUCGCCGCGAGAGCCGCUAUUCAAAGAAAGCCUGUUGUCACCAAACCCAUCGCUAAGCCUCAGGAAACCGAACCCCAGCGACCUCCAACUCGUGAAGACCGAAACUCGCUCCCCUCUAAGCGAUCCUCCAAAGCCGAAUUUACCCCAACUGACUAUCCUUCCCCAUUGAGGAUUCAGAAAACUGGCGACUCCGGCCCACAGCCCGGCUCACCCAAGAAGCUUGAUACCAACCGCAUGUCCCGGUUCCUUGAUCGCUCAUCAAAUGAUACACAAGAGCCUGUUAAAGAACCCGUGCGGUUAACUCAUCAACGCACAGGUUCUCGAUCUCCAGUCAAGAUGUUUCAACGUCAACUACCAGAUCCUGAGCCAUCAUCGAAAGAUACAGAGCCUGUCAAAGAACCAGCCCGGUUGACUCAUCAACGCACAGGUUCUUGGUCGCCAGUCAAGAUGUUCCAGCUCCAAUUACCAGAGCCCGAGCCAUCAUCAAACGAUACAGAACCUGCCAAAGAACCAGUGCGGUUAACUCAUCAACGCACAGGUUCUCGAUCUCCAGUCAAGAUGUUUCAACGUCAACUACCAGACCCUGAGCCAUCAUCCCCCAUAAAAGUCGACAGCGACCCAGUCGUAUCCGUGAAGAAUGCCAGAGCCAUGUUUGGCGGUGCAGCUCCAGCCCCUUCACACGCUGCAAAGCCUUCGUUGGACAGAUCGGAGCCUGCUGUUCUUCAGACACCUCCGCCCAAAGCAUCCCCUCGUCCUCUUCCUCAGUCUGAACACUCUUCGCCUCUACAAAUCAACAAGACACCGUCUCGAGUGGCUACUCGCCCCCUGCCUACACCUCCUAGCAAAGAACCCCAGUCUCCCAAGGCGCCUCAAACCCCCAAGGCCCAGCAAACAUCGUCUGCCGCUCCACCAAAAACCCCCAGCCAGGGCAAUGAUGUUGCGGGCUUGCUGUCUGACUUCUUUGGGCCAAAGCCCGACAAGGCUGAGUACAAGGUGGACGCUGCGGAGCUUUUGAUGAAUCGACCUCAAACAGGACCAACCAAGAUUCAGAGCCUCAGUUUCCAGGUUUUCCAAAUCUCAGCCGAGGGCAAGAAGACACCAGUGCCGUCUCACUACGAGCGGACACUAUUUGAUCGAGAGAUGUACAUCGCUCCCCACAGCUUUACAAAUGAAGCUGGAUGGAAGCGAUUGGAAUUCUACUUCUGGGUUGGCGAUCAAGUACCAGAGUCUGCAGCUGACGAUGCGCUUCUCUUCGUUCAGAAGGAAGCCAAGGCGUUGAGCGGCAAGGUGGUCAAGAUGCAUCAGGGCAAGGAGACUGCCGAGUUUCUACAAGCUCUCGGUGGCGUCGUGUUGGUCAGAAGGGGCUCAAGCAACAAAUACGAUUCACUAGCACCCAAUAUGCUUUGCGGUCGGCGUUAUCAGGGCCAGGUCGCUUUUGAUGAGUGCGAUUUGACCACAGCAAGCCUGUGCGCAGGAUUCGUCUAUGUCAUUACAAGUCAGGGUAAGGCCUAUAUUUGGAAGGGACGAGGAUGCGACGUGACAGAAUUGAGCGCUGCCAAGCUCAUUGCGAUCGAGCUCACUCUCACUGGGGAGUUGAUCGAGGUUGAUGAUGGCGACGAGCCCGAGUCAUUCUGGGGGCUCUUUGAAGGAGGAUCAAAGCCUCACUCUGCCGACCAUUGGAGACUCAAGCCUAACUACGCCAAGUACUGCAGCAGACUCUUUUGUUCAGAUGCAGAGACACGCCAGCAGGUCUUUGAGAUCGCUCCCUUCAACCAAUACGACCUCUCCCCUCAACACAUCUAUGUUCUUGACGCUUUCUUUGAGAUGUACAUCAUUGUUGGCGCUCGUGCUCAGUCCCAAUAUUCAUCCUUCCGCAACGCUCUCGACUUUGCUCAAGAAUAUGCCAUUCUUGCUGCAGGCAUGGAGGAUCGUCCUUUUGUGCCCAUCUCGACAGUCGUACUUGAGGGCAUCCCUCGGGAUCUCAAGCGGGUUUUCCGGUUCUGGCGGGAUGAUCUAAAUCCCACGGUCACCAACACUUCGACUUCUCUCAAGAGGGGUCGCAGCCUCAGGGUAGUGUCAUUGACACAAGCACUACAGGCACUUAGAGAGUAG